UAUUAACAUUAACUUAUUGAAAUAUAUUUAAAUAUUUAAAUUAUGAUAGUAAAUGUGAAAGGUCGUUCGAAAAUGAGUUGACUUUGUAUUGCCUGUUCAGUCGGUGACGAGCGGUCGACAAGUCCGCACGCAUUGAUUUAGGUGUUACUGUGAAUAUUUUUGAUCUACAAAACGCAUGAGCAUUUAUGAUAUACCGCUUUAAGAAACUAAAAUUUAAAAUCAGAAACAAGUUUAUUUAAUUCUUGAUAAAUAUUUUCAACUAUUAUAUAGAUUUAUUUAAUUAAUUAUAAUUCUAUCAAUUCAUGUUUAGCUGCGAAAUUCAAAAUAAUGUAUAACAAUUAAAAAAAAUGAAUUCAACAAAGUAUUUGACAUUAUCAAAAUAAUUAUAACUGUGUGUCAGCAAAAGUGUUAUCUCUAGUUUUGUGCGAUAUUCCUCGUUGAAAAUUGACAUUUUAUAACCAGAAAUUGGAUUUAAUUGCGAAAUUUUUAGUUAUCAAAGAAUGCCUUCACAACUAAGCAAAUGCAUCGAUAUAUCCUGUAAGGAAUACUCACAUCAUUGGAGAGAUUCCUGUUUAAUAGCAGCAGCCGGUCUUGGCAUAGAUGCUCUUCAAGAAUGUCUAAAGAUAUAUUCUACAGUUUACAUAGUUGCUCUUUUAAUGAAAGGAAAAGUACCAUCUAAAGCAGACAUUAAAAAAACAAUAUUGGGUCUUUUGCAAUCAACUGCUUUUCUUUCAUGGAGUGCUUUCUCAUAUUCUGUGUUUAUUUGUUCUCUAAGACGUAUACUUGGAAAAUUCAGUCUUUUGACUGUAUCAUUUCUUCCAUCUUUUUUAUCUAGUUUAUCAGCUAUUAUUAUUGAGCGACCAUCAAGACGUUCUUUAUUAAGUUUAUAUGUAUCUAAUGUUGCAACAGAAACAUUAUUUAAAAUGGGAGUAGAAAGAGGAUAUUAUUCUCCUAUUUCACAUGGUGGAACAUAUAUUUUUGCUAUAUCAAUAGCAUUGUUACUUUAUUUCUAUCGUUCUAAACCAAAUAAACAAGUUUCCUUAUAUAAAAUAUUUAGAAUUAUUGUUGGAAAAUAUGAAGGGAAUGAAUAUCUUAAAAAAGAAAAUUUAAAUUGUGAAACACAAAACAACUCUGCUAAUGAAGAGAAUAAUGGAAAUUUAAUAAAACAACAUGUUUUAAAUAAAACAUCCUGUAAAAAAAAUAUAUUUAUAAAAUCAUUUGAAAUAUACAAGAAAAUCAUAGAAAGAUUAAAACAAUUUAAAGGAAAACAUAUAUCAUGUUCACAUCCUUUUAGUUGUAUUCAUUAUAUAUUAAAGGGUAGUAUACAAGUAUUUAGUUAUGCUCUAAGUGCCCAAUUAGUGAUUAAUUUGUUUUUUGGUACUAGAAAAUUAAUUACAAAACCAUUCUUAACAAGAGCAAUAAUUUUUAGAAAAGACAAUCUAAAUUUACCUAUGUUUUUAGGUGGUUUUACUGGACUUUAUAGGUUAAUAUCCUGUUUAUUGCGAAGAUUUUUUAAAAAAGAUUCUUCUUAUUAUGCAAUACCCGCUGGACUUAUUGGCGGUUUAACAUUUAUGAUUUAUAGUAGUAAUACAAUAGCUUUAUAUUUUAUGUGGAAAGCAUUGCAGUACAGCAGUACUCUUCCAUGUAGCAAUCUUUGAACCACAUCUUUUAAGAUCUUCCUAUUGGAAAUUUUUAUAUGCUAUAUCUGGAGGAAGGUAAUAGAUAAAUUUAUUAUUCAUUUAAAUAUUUAACAUAAAUUACACUUCUUUUUUUUUCUACAAUUUCAGAAUAGCAACAAUGUCUCGAGAACCAUUAGAUAUAUUUGGUUUUGAAACAUCUAAGCAUCUCAUGGAUGUACUAAGAAAAACUAAUACUAUCAUUAAAAAAGCUUAUAUUUUUUAAUUUAAUAAUAUAAAAAAAAAAGAUAUAUUGAAUUUUUUUAUAUAUGUGUUUGUUAUUUAUAAUA